AUGAGGGUCUUGCUUUGCAUCCUUGGGGUCCUUGCCUUGUUGUCCGCAGUUCCUCCAGCGAGAAGCUUCUUUAACAGCAGAUGUUCUUCAUUAUACCAUAAAUGCAGAAUGAAGUGCAAUCCUGAUGAAUUUGCAAUUAGAUACUGUUCUGACUGGAGCAUCUGCUGCAAAAUAAAGAAAGUUGACUUGAACAAAAGAAAGAAGUGGUGAAAAGUCCAUCUCCAUUUUCUUCAGACUCCAAGAACAGAAACUAAAAAUGAAUAAGAUUCCCAUCUCUACAUAAGAAAAAUUAGUCCGGCCGGCAUGGCUCAGUCAUUGAGCGUCAACCUAUGAAGCAGGAGGUCAUGAUUUGAUUCCCAGUCAGGGGACAUGCCCAGGUUUUGGGCUUGAUCCCCAGUGGGAGGCAUG